UGACUGUCGGUCGUCAGUUGUCACUCGUCAAUAAUCAAUAUAAUACCAAAUAUUAGUUAUUUUUUACGAAUAGUACCUAUCGAACAUUCAAACGGGCAACGACAAAGAAAUACAAGAUUUACCAUAAUUUGAAAAACAUUUUCUUUUAUAAAUUAUGGCAUCACGGAAACGACUUUUCGGGUGUAAAUAUAUGAAAAUUAGAGAAGCUAAACAAAAAUGUAUUGAUAAAGAAGUUGGAAGUUUCACAAAGUUUUUAUUGAAACCAAAAGAAAUUCAACAAUCAAAUUCAAGUGAUAAGAGUUUAGAAGCAGUUUCUUCUGAUUUCAAAAAGUCAUCUAAUAAGUUUUCUUUAAAUGUUAAUAAUACACAUCUAACUACUAUUUCCACUGCCCCAUUGAAGUCUUCAAGUCAGGACCAGCAAUUAAAUUGCAAUAUUGACUGUUUACCUUCGACUUCAUCCAGUAUAACUUAUAACACUUCACCGAAAAAGGAAUUUGAAUUGGUUUCUUAUUCGGAUACUGAUUCUAUGGACUUGAAUAUAUCCAUCGAUAAAAAUGUUGAUGAUGAUUCUUUAGAAAGAAAUAUUUUAAAAACCCUGCCGAUGUACACGAUGAUCCUUCUUAUUGGCUUCUAAAACUGAUUGAUUCUGUUCGAAUGUUAUUUAUAAAAAAGGGACCUAUACAAAUUAAAUCUUUGAAUUUUCCUAAAAACCAUGAAAAUAGAAAAUUUUCUGUAAUAUACUGCCAACGUGUAUUAAAGAAUGGUGAAUAUUUUGAAAGAUCCUGGUUAGUUUAUUCAAUAAAUAACGAUGCUGUGUACUGUUUUUGCUGUAGAAUGUUUAGUGUCAAGUUAUCUGACACUGGUGUUGCUUCGAGAAUUAGGUAUAAUGACUGGAAGAAUUUGACUGCUCAUUUGAAGAUACAUGAAAUGUCCAAAACACAUAUUUUAUACUACUCUAAUUGGCAAGAAAUGUUAAUUAGAUUAAAAUUAAAUCAAACUAUUGACUCUCAUAAUCAAAAAAUUAUUGAUAGUGAAUGAAAACGUUGGAAGGCAGUUUUGGUUCGAUUAUGCGCAAUUUUGCGUUGUAUGGCUGCAAAAAAUCUAGCGUUUCGAGGAACGUCAUCUGUAAUACAUUCACCCCAUAAUGGAAAUUUUUUGAAGCUCAUUGAAUAUUUUUCAUUAUUUGACAAUGUUUUAAAAGAUCAUUUAGAAAAGAUAAAAAAUAAAGAACAACAUGUUUAUUAUUUAGGACCGCAAAUUCAAAAUGAGUUGAUCAGUUUAAUAUCUGAAAAAGUGAAAAGUAAUAUUUUGACUAUGGUAAAAGACGUUAAGUAUUACUCUAUUAUUUUGGAUUGCACUCCUGAUUGUAGCCAUAGAGAACAAAUGUCAAUAAUACUGCGGUUUGUUUCUACUACAACAGGUGAUGUGCACGAACAUUGGGUUCAUUGAAGUUUUUGAUAAGACGGGAGCUGAAUUAAGUGAGCGAAUAAUAAAAGAGCUUAUGGAUUUGAAAAUAAAUAUAAAUGACAUGCGUGGUCAGAGCUACGAUAAUGGCUCAAAUAUGAGAGGAAAACAAAAUGGUGUUCAAAAACGUAUAUUAAACAUUAAUCCUCGUGCGUUUUAUGUACCUUGUAAUUCCCAUUCAUUGAACCUGGUUAUAAAUGACGCAGCGAAAUGCAAUGUGGAUGCAAUUUCAUUUUUUGGCAUAGUUCAGAAACUCUAUGUUUUUUUUUCAGCGUCUACUGAUAGAUGGAAAGUUUUACUACAAUUUUUGCCAAAAUUAACACUAAAAAGAGUAUGUGAUACACGUUGGGAAUCAAGAAUUGAUGCAAUAAGGCCAAUACGGCAUCAAUUUGGAGAAAUUUAUGAUGCUUUGCUUCACAUUAAAGAAGAUUUGAAUUUAACUGGUUCACAUGGUCUGCAGACAAAAUCUGAUGCAUGUGAUCUCUUAAAAAAUAUCUGUGACUUUAAAUUUAUAUCCUCUGUCAUUGUUUGGUACGAUAUAUUGAGUGCUGUUAACCCAAUAAGUAAACAAUUGCAAUCUAUACAUUAUGAUAUACAAAUGGUCCUUAAAAGUGUAUCAAGUAUUGUAAAGUU